AGUGGGGGGAGAGAGAUUGAAAUGUAAACAAACAAAAUGAACAACUUCCUUGAGAAUUUCCUGGAAAUUGACGAAAAUAUACACAAAUUUGUGGGAUUCUUUACGACAAAGGGGAAUUCCUUCAAGAUUCACCUCACAGCGCCGGAAUAUCCAGAGGCCGGCAAUGCUACAAUUGAAGUCUUCAACUCGUGCAGGAAAAUUCCUCUAGAUCUCCCACCGGAUCCCAAGGAAUCCAUUCAGAAAUAUGUGAGACGAUUGGAGGCGCACCUCGAGGCGAAUGAGUGUGAAGAAGUGUGUGAAUUAGAUGAGAUUUUGGAUAGUGUAAAGCGCUUUGAUAAGCUGCUGGAAAAUUUGGAAUCUCUCGAGAAAUCUGGUCACAACGUUAAAGUGACUGCCGACUACUCGAAGAUCAAGAUCAACGGAAUAUCUGAAAAUGAGCAUCAUUAUUUGGAAUUCGCCGUGACCGAUAAGGCUCAGGUGAAAGUCACUGAGCACAGUUUGCCGCCACAGCUGGAAAAGAUGUUCUGGAAAAUAGGAAGCAUCGAGAGUCACUUGGCCAACUUCAACGCACUCCUGGAACAAUUGAAUGAGUUCUACGACAAUAUGCACACAAUUGACGAACUCUGCUUCAUCGUGGGACCAGCAAACAUUACAACAAAAACCACGUCCAGGAUUAUAAAGUUCAAUGAGAAAAUCUUCCUGAAGAUAAGCAUUGAUCCCUUGAUUCCGUCCCAAGUAGCCUUGGUGUUUAUUGGACCCAUCGCCGAAGUGGAGCCCCUUCGGGAGAUCUACAACGAGAAGAUAGCAGAUUGGGACGUCGAAAUGGAUGUACACAAGAAUCUCCUGAGGAUGUACGAUCUCAUAUACUUCCCAAUGCGCGAGGAUGACGUGGAGACGCCCUGCAACAUCUGCUUCGACUAUCUCCAGGGCAACACAAUUCCCAUCAUUCGCUGUGAUAAUGAUAAGUGCGACGUUAUCUUCCAUCUGCAGUGCCUGAAACACUACUUCGCCACUCUCCCGAGCAGCAAGACAAUGUUUACCGUCGCCAUGGGUCAGUGUCCUUUCUGUCGGGUGAAGCUCACGACGUUCCUCGAGUUGGAGGCGGAUGAAGAAGGCUAUUGAGUGCGUCAAAAUACUCAAAUGUUUGCAUUUAUGCCCAUUAAAAACAGUCCAUAGAGAA